GCAUGAAAAGAAAUUGUUUUAACUGAAUAUAGGGACAAAUUUGUUUACUGGAAUGAGGAAAAACAACCUAAUUCUAAUGGAAUCUGUGCUGAAAUAUGAAAUCUGUGCUGAAAAACCGAAAUCUGGAAGCAUGUGCAGAGAAAAUCAAAGUAUGAAAAGUUGCUGAUUUUUUUAGUAGGGCUGGCCGUCCCUUCCUUCUGUGCUGAAGUUCCCUUUUUGUUCCUCUUUGUGCCGGCAGUUACUCAAUCCUAGGUAGUUUGUUGGAGUAGUGGGACACCUCACCCUUUGACCUAGUCUAAACCCCUUUUAGAUUUUGCCACCUGGACUUUAUCAGAUAAAAUCUCCUUUUUAAAUGUGAUCCUCCCCUAUCUUGCCAACUGCCAUUAUCUCUUUCUGUUUCAAAAGAUAAUUACUCAACAUUAUCUUUAUCUCUCUUAUCUUGCCAACUCACGUGCUGAUCUGUCAUGGGGCCCAGGAUCCGAAUCUGACAUGGCUCAAAACUCCUCCAGCCAAUAAAAAUUUUACACGUGGCAUUAAUCUAAAAUUUUGUAAUUUAUGGUGAAACCUGAUUGGAGUAAAUGGGUUGGAUCUUUCGAAGCUUGGCCAGCUUGGAGGAAAUCAGAAUGGGUUGACUGGAUAAAUCGCCUGGAACUUGCUUUUGGCCAGAUUUGGAAAGAUGUGGGUUUGUUUGAAUUCAUACAACUAUCCAAAUGCAAAUUCACCAUGGAUAAGCCAAUCAUGGGUUCGGCUUUGUUGUUUUGGUCUGGCUCUUUUAAUUGCUUUCGUUUUCCUUGUGGAGCCAUGUCUGUGAGCCUCUUUGAUAUUAGUUCGUUAACUGGAUUGCCUUGCAUAGGAGAAGAGAUUUCAGCAUUAUUAACUUUGCCACCCGGUGUGGAGUACAACACAGAUUUGAAGCCCUCUUAUCCAGCUUUUGUAAGAUCUGCCUAUGACAAAAGUAAGCCUGUCAAUGCUGAAGAGUACAUUUCAUUUCUGCUUACUUUAAUAUGCAAAUAUAUGGUGUUUUCUGCUGGUAAGAGCCCAACUAAAGAAUUUAUCCCAUUAGCUGCUGCUUUAGCACAUGCACUUGCUCCUAUUUCAUCUACUGUACCAGCUCGAAAUUUGCUUACUUACGGCUUUAUGUUUAAAAAUGCCAUGGAGAACAAGAGAAGUUUUGAGGAGUGCUUCAAAUUUUUUGCUUCUCUUUCUGUUGACAGAUUUGAUGCAGAUUUUGCUGUGUUUCUAAGCAGAUCUCACGACCCUUCAUGUUUGAAUACUCUUAACUCCAGAUGUGGCGUGGAGCUCUAUGCACCGAACCAAUUUUGUUGGCAGCUUGGAAACUACCAAGACAUACCAUUCCCGCCACUGUUCUCCUUCAACCACAGCUAUCCUCUUCGAUUUAUGAUUGGGGAAUCAAACAUUUUGACCGCCAAGCUUGCCGAAAUCACAAAAACUUUGCAAACAAUGAUCUUGCCAGAUCCUCCAUUCCGACUGAGUUGUACUCCUUCCUACAGAAAUUGGUGGCAAGACUAUUUCCAUCCUCGGUUCCUAGGAGUUUUGGACAAUAUUUCCGUUCUGGCUCCUCGACCAGUCACCAAAAAAUUUGAAGAAAAGAAAGUUGCAGAGAAAAGUGGGGACCUGGAAUCUGCCAUGGUUGCCCAAAUCAGUAAGCCAGAUCUGCCAAGGAGAGCUCCUAAAACUCAUGUCAAAAGGAAAAUUGCUACUCCUGCAGAUUCCACGGAGGAGAAUACUCCCUCCAAGCAGCGAAGAACCGGAAGGAUCAAGAGGCCAGCAAUGAAACCAUCUGCAACCAAGAAACUCAUCAAGUUUGCCUCUCCACCAGAGUCCACUUCUGCCUCGGAUAAAACAGAAGAUGUUUCUCUUGAAUCUGUUGCCACAACAGAUCCUGUUGAAGAUAUAUCUGCUGGGAGUGGCGAAAGCAAUUCUGGCUCCUCUCGUACAAAAUCUGGCGAUGGUCCUUCACCAACCACAAAGGUUAGGGGUUCUAGAUUCUUUUCAUGCAUAGCGAACAAAAGCUUUAAAACAGUUAGACCGAAUGAACUUAUUGAUCUAAGCCCAGACAAAGAGAAUACCCCUACACUUGUAGCCUCUCCUGUUAGGCAGGUUGAUGUUGAUGACAUUGAGAGUGUUGUUGCUGAUGUGUCCAUGAUUGAUGAUAAUUUGGAGAAUGAACUUCUUGCCCAGCUGGACAUGUUGAUGGAUCCUCUGGCUAAAUCUGGAUCUGCCGCAGAUAGCAAAGGGAAGGCUGUUGCUGAAGAAGCGAAUCCAGAUAUCGAUCUCCUUACCCAAGAGCAGAUUAGCUUUGCUAUUAUGACCCUACAAGAGCUCCUUGAUGGUGAUCCUUCUCUUUUUUGCAAAGUGCCAGACCAACCGGCCGCCUUUGAAGCAGCUCAAAUCCUUACGGAUAACAUUGCCGCUGUCUUUAAGAAGAAGGAAGAAUUCUUGGCAGCAAAGGUGGCUCAUGUCACACAAGUUAAACAUCUUCAAGAGCUUAAAGAAGAAAUUUCUAACCUUGAAGCCAAGCUUUCAGAGUUGAGAAACCAAGUUCCUCUUGCGGAGCAAACUGAGAAGAGUUUGGCAGAACAAAGAAACAAGCUCCGCACAGACAUGGAAGUUGGUUUGAAAUCUACUGCCAAGAUUAAGGAUCAGUUGCCUUCUUUCACAGCUUCUGCAGAUGAAGCUGCUGAAGAAAUCAAGAACAUGAGAAAAGAAUGGAGUUGAAAUUUGAUAUGGCCAAAAUCUGGCUGCUUUAGAUUCUGCAGUUGUUCACAGCUAGAUUUGGCCUACUUGUAGAUUCGGCUCAGCACUUUUAUUGAAUUGAAAAAUGCUUAAAACAAUGAAAUAAAAUACUAUACAAAUC